AUGGACGAGGAGGACGCGAACAUGGCGCUGUACCCUGGCGACCACUUCGGGUCCGUGGCGCGGCACUACAACGAGGACUGGGGGGGCACGCAGCCACCACCACCUGACGCAUCCCUCACGCUCGGGGAAGAGCAGCCCACGCUCAACAGCGUCGACUCCGACGACGAGUUCUUCCCGGACGACUCCGACCUCGCCGAGAUCGAAGCCGAGGCCGCGGGCCUCCUGAACUCCGAGGAGCUCGACGCGCUCGACCUGGACGCGGUGGAGGAGGGCGUCCUCAGCAUGAGCGCGGAGGAGGAGCCUUCGGACCCUUGGGCAAACCUCUCGGCAGAAACGCGCCGCACGUACGAGGAGAUCCUUGCGAAGUACCCGGAGACGCCCGCGCGCGCGUACAUGCUCGAGGACCUCCUGAAGCUCUCGCGCGUCACGCCCGGGCCCGGCUCCGCGCUCGAAGGCGCAGAGGGGGUUGAGGUGCUGGGGUUGGCGGAUGAUUCGCGGCAGGUCCAAAGCGGAGAUCUGUUCUUCUGCAUUCGCGGGUCCCGCAACGACGGGCACGACUUCGCGGGCGACGCGUACAACGCCGGCGCGGCCGCGAUCGUCUCCGAGGUCGAGAUGCCUGACAUCGCUGCCACGGGGGACUGUCCGGUCAUACUGGUGUCGGACACGCGCCAGGCGCUGCACCGCGUGGCCAACGCGUUCUACGACUACCCGAGCCGCAGGAUGGCCGGCCUCCUCGACGAAGACGGCAACCAGCUCGUCGGCGGCGGCGUCAUCGGCGUCACGGGCACCAACGGCAAGACCACCACGUCGUGGCUGAUCCGCGGCAUGCUGGAGGAGACGGGGCAACUUGUAGGCAUGGUUGGGACCGUGGAGUACGCGCUCGCUGAGGACCGCCUCGACCCGGACGGCGAGAUCUGGGUUCCCAAGGAGGAGGACCCGACGCGGGAGCGCGACUGCACCGCGCCGUACCGCCUGGCGCCCUAUGUCGGCAAAUAUAGCGUGCCCAACACGACGCCCGACGAGCUGCGCGCGCAGCGGCUCCUGGCGGGGAUGGCGGACCGCGGCGCGACGGCGGCGGUGUACGAGUGCUCGAGCAUCGGGCUGGACCAGGGGCGGUGCGACGGGAUCCUGUUCAGUGUCGCCGUGCACACCAACGUCACCCAGGACCACCUGGACUACCACGGGGACAUGGAGGCGUACAAGCAGGCCAAGCUGCGGCUGUUCCGGUCCCUGCGGGACCCGGAGAGGCAGCGUGCGGUCAUCAAUUUGGACGAUCCGAACGCGGACGAGUUCAUCUUUGCGUGUAGCGAGGGGGGUGUCCCGUACGUGACGUACGCGAUCACGGACAUCAAGGCGGACGUGCGGCCGUCGCAGGCGGGCCGGAAGGGCAGCCAGGCGAUCAAGGGCGUCAAGCAGUCGCUCUACGAGACGGAGAUCGAAGUGGAAUUACCCCCCCUCGUGGCUGACUCAGACGAGAGGGAGUCGAUCAAGAUCAUCACGCCGCUGAUCGGGAAGGCGAAUAUCUACAACGUCCUCGCCGCCGUCGCGACGGGCAUCGCGCUCCGCGUCCCGCUCCCGCAGAUCGUAGCAGGCAUCGAGGCGGUCGACGUCGUCCCGGGCCGCACGGAGCUCAUCGACGAAGGCCAGAUGUUCCCGGUUAUCGUCGACUACGCACACACCCCGGACGCGCUGUCCCGCUUGCUCGACACGGUCCGCGAGUGCGGCGCGAAGCGGAUCAUCACCGUGGUCGGGUGCGGCGGGGACCGCGACCGCAGCAAGCGCCCCUACAUGGGUGAAAUCGCCCACUACAAGUCCGACCUGCUAAUCCUGACGAACGACAAUCCGCGGACCGAGUCCCCCAGCGAGAUCAUCGCGGACAUCGUUGCCGGGUUCCCCGACGACAUCCUCGGCCGCCACCAGGGCUCCGUGUACCCCUGGCUCCAGGACCCCAUCCACACGCCGAUGUGGUUCGAGGAGUUCAUCAUGAAGUACCAGGGCGAGGUCAAGCGCUACGUCAUCGAGGACCGCUUCACCGCCAUCCGCGCGGCCAUCGGCACAGCGCAGCCGCGCGACGUGGUGGUGAUUGCGGGCAAGGGCCACGAGGACUACAUCGAGCACGGCGACGGCAAGGGCGGCAUCGUGCGCGGGUGGUUCGACGACCGCGUGGAGGCACGGAACGCCCUCGUGAAGUUGAGCGAGCUGGAGCAAAUCACCUACCUCGAUCGAUCUACGAUCCCAUGGCGCAACACCAAGUACGACAAGGGCGGGGAUGUGUAG